AUGUCUUCUGCUCAUGCUCCUUCUGUUCCUGCUGCUGCUUCUGCUUCAUGUCCAGCAUCUUCUUCCACCAAGUCCUCCACAUGCUCUUGCCCCUUGUUAACAUGGAAGAACCCUGUGGAAACUGGUAAAGUAUUGGCAUCCAUUGUGGUUGUGUUGGUGGUGUUGAAAACUGUCAACGUGAUCCCCGUGUUCUUCUACACCUUGGCUGGUUCUCUUGCAUUGUCUGCUGUUGUUGAAUACGUGUCUGUUUUGGUAACUGGAACAGGUAUCGUAUCAAAAUAUAGACCUACAAAGGCAACAUUUGGUCCUUGUUUCAAGGAAAAUGUGUUGCCUCAAUUGGCAAGUGCGGUCAACCUUGGUGAACACAUUGUUCAAGUUACAGUGUUCUCUGUUGAUCCUGUUGCUACUUUGAAAACUGCUGGUGUUGCUUACAUCUUGUAUAAGGUGACUUCUUGGUUCUCUAUCUUUACCAUUGUUGCCACCAGUGUGGCUUUGGCUUUCUCUGUUCCAUAUAUUUACUCCACCUAUCAAAAGGAAAUCGAUUCUGCUGUCACUGAAUACUCUUCUUUGGCUCAAGAUAAGGCGGAUGAAUACUACAAGUUGGCCCACAAGAAGGCUGCUCCAUAUGCUAACCAAUUUGUUGAGAAGACUGGACCUGUUGGUUCUUUUGUCAAGGCCAAGUUCCCAACUAGAACUGCUGGUUCUACUGUCAACUCUUCCAAGUACCCUGCUGCUGCUUCAUCUGCUUCCGCUACUUCCACUACUACUUCAGCUACUACUACCGGUGCCUCCAAGUUCCCUGAUGUUCCUGAAUCUCAAUUGAAGUCCACUACUGCUGUCAACACCACUGCUCCACUUACAGAACCUAAGGUCGCUAUCAACACCACUGCUCCUCUUUCAGAACCCUUGAUCCCCGCCAGCAACUCCACCGAGGUCCCUCUUGCAGAACCUAAAAUUGUUGACCCAGAACACAAGUCCAAGGCUGAUUUGCCUCAACCUACUGAAUAUUAG